CCACCUCUCUUCUCUUACAUUUCUUUCUGCUAUUUGCAUCUUUAGGGUAAUUUCAGAGGUCAAGUUUUAAUAUCUUGGAAAUGGCAUCAAACGUUACGAAAACCCCAAUUUUGCGAGCGAUAUCGAAACGGAACUAUGCAUCAGCUGCAACACUGGCCCAGGCUUGUGCUGAUGUGCACGUCAAGGUUCUACCCAACAAAAUUGUCAUUGCCUCUGCAGACAGUGCAAUCCCAAUUAGCCGAGUCUCUGUUCUUUUUAAGGCAGGCUCCCGGUACGAGUCUGCAGACCAUCUUGGUGUGAGCAACGUGCUAAGGUCCUCUGCAGGGCUGUCCACCUCAGGCGCCUCCGCCUUCGGUAUUGUCCGCAACCUGCAGCAGAUCGGAGCUAGCCUCAGUGUUACGUCUGAUCGAGAAGGCAUUGCUUACACAUUGGAAGCUACUCCUGAUAAGAUCGAGGAAGGGCUACAGUACCUGGUGGACAUUGCCUCCAAGCAGGUGUUCAAGCCUUGGGAACUCAGUGAUCAGAUUCCCCGCAUCAAGUACGAACUGGCAACUACCCCUCCUCAGGCUAGAAUUUUAGAUCUAGUGAACAAAGCGGCUUACAGAACUGGUCUUGGGAACUCCAUCUUUGUGAAGGAACACGCCAUUGGAAAAAUAAACUCUGAAACUCUGCAGUACUUUGUACGCCAGACGUUCACUGCCCCUCGCGCCGCUGUGGUGGGUGUGGGUGUCUCAUCAGACCACCUAGCGCAGCUGGCUUCAUCGCUGGAACUGUCUAGUGGCGCCGGCCCCGAAGCCCCUGCUAAGUACUACGGAGGCGAGGAGAGGCUUGAGGUGCCGUCUCCUCACGUGCACAUCGCCCUGGCUGCCGAAUCUGCUGGGUUGCAGUCCAAGGAAGCUCUGGCUUUCGCAGUGUUGCGCCAUGCUCUGGGGGCCGGUUCAGCUAUCAAGUACGGCAUCGGCGCUGGACCCCUGGGCAAGGUGACGGCUGACUCCAAGGAGCUGCUGGGCGCCUCCGCUUUCAGCUCAGCCUACUCCGAUUCCGGACUGUUUGGAGUUGUCCUCACCACCACUCCCAGCAACGCCAAGGCAGCUGCUGAGAAAGUAGCCAAGGUGCUGCAUGGACCAGUGAGUGAUGCUGAUGUGGCCCGAGGCAAGGCUGUAGUCAAGGGACUGCUACUGCAGGGUUAUGAGAAUGGAGAGGCUGUAGUACAGGACAUUGGCAGCCAGGCUCUACUGCUGGGCAGCGUACUGGCCGCACCACAGAUAGCAGCUGCUGUAGACGCCCUCUCCACAGCUGACGUUCAGAAUGCUGCUAAGAAGAUCGCAUCAGGAAAGAAGUCGCUAGCAGUUUAUGGAAACAUUUCCUCAGCUCCUUACUUCGAUGAAAUCGCCAAGUAAAAAUUUACUUAAUGGUCAGAAUUGUAGUAGAGUACUCCAACCCAACUUUACCAAAUCAACCAUCUUUGUUUUAAGGCUUAUUUCCACCAUUCAUAAAAUCUGCAUUAUUUUAUGUGCAUUAUUUGAUGUAACUGUUUCAUUUAUUGUAUUUGUAUAAAAAUAUGUGCUGUAUAGAAUAUAUAACAAUAAGGGUUUUAAAAAUCUGUUAAAAUAAAUUAUUAAAACUUGA